CGGCGGUAGAAGCAGAGAGCGCAGUUGUCGGCUGCAGGUCUCUCGGAGAGGAACGCGCAUUUGCCGUGGAAACAACACAGAACCUGUUUCUAUUCUGGCUCCGCUGCAGAAAAGUGUGAGGUUGACUAUCUUUUAAGAUCCCCCCUUUUUUUUUCCUCAUCCGACUGGCUUUCUCAUCAUCUGGAGGGAUACAAUCCGGAUUAGAGAAUCCAUCUGAAAGGGACAGACGGACCUCUCAGCCCCGUCCCCUCAUCCCAGUGAUGCUUAGCUGCUUUUUCCCAGAGGCCCACCUUGGCAGUUAGAGGAGAGGUCAUCACCAUGACAGCGUCCUCACAGGACUCCAAUCCCUCAUUUCUGGCUGGCCUCUUCCUCCUCCUCCUCCUCUUCCCAGCUGUUUACACGCAGAACUCGGCUGUCCCAACAACCCCAAGCACGCCUUUGUUCGACCCGCUGACCCAACCAGAGUGCACAAAGAAAGAACAUCCAAAGGUUUCCAUCCAAGCGCUCAGCCCGUGGAUCUCCACGUUCUUCCACCCUGGUGUGAGAGACUACUCACAGCUCACCCUUGACCUGACUAGGGAUGAGCUUAUUGUUGGUGCCAGAAACUACCUUUUCAGAUUGGAUCUCCGUAACCUCUCAUUAAUACAGGCGACAGAGUGGGCACCGGAUGAGGAAACCAGGAAGUCAUGUCAGAGCAAAGGCAAAACAGAGAUGGAAUGCCAGAAUUAUAUCAGAGUCCUGCUGGUGAACAAGACCGAGGUCAUGACCUGCGGCACUAAUGCUUUCCAGCCCCUGUGUAUCACCAGAGAGGUGGGGAACAUCAGCCGAGUGCUGGAGCGAGUCAACGGCGUGGCUCGCUGCCCGUACGACCCUCGUCACAACUCCACGGCGGUGGUGACGGAGAGCGGGGAGCUGUACGCCGCCACCGUCAUCGACUUCUCAGGACGCGACCCCGUCAUAUACAGGAGUCUGGGCGGCAUGCCCCCGCUGCGCACUGCCCAGUACAACUCCAAAUGGCUCAACGAGCCCCACUUCAUCUCGGCCUAUGACAUCGGCCUCUUCACCUUCUUCUUCCUGAGGGAGAACGCGGUGGAGCAUGACUGUGGCAAGACAGUCUAUUCCCGCGUGGCCAGGGUCUGCAAGAAUGACAUCGGUGGGCGGUUCCUCCUGGAGGACACCUGGACCACGUUCAUGAAGGCGAGGCUCAACUGCUCCCGGUCCGGAGAGAUCCCCUUCUACUACAAUGAGCUCCAGAGCACUUUCUACCUGCCUGAGCAAGAUCUCAUCUAUGGCAUCUUCACCACCAACGUCAACAGCAUUGCAGCCUCCGCAGUGUGUGCCUUCAACCUGAGCGCCAUCACCCAAGCCUUUAACGGGCCCUUCCGUUCCCAAGAGAACCCUCGCUCCACCUGGCUUCCCACAGCUAACCCCAUCCACAACUUCCAGUGUGGAACCAUAAACGACAAAGGUCCCAACGAGGGUUUGACGGAGCGCAGCCUGCAGGAUGCACAGCGGCUUUACCUGAUGAACGACGUGGUCCAGCCGGAGUCUGUAGAUCCUCUCGUAAUGCAGGAUGACGUCCGCUUUUCCAACCUUGUUGUGGACAUUGUUCAGGGCAUGGACACCCUUUACCAUGUCAUGUACAUCAGCACAGAAUAUGGCACCAUCCUGAAGGCUCUUGCCACGCCCAACAAAAACCUUCAGGGCUGUUACCUGGAGGAGAUGGAGCUCCAUCCGUCUGGGGUCCGAGAGCCAAUCUUGAGCCUUCAGAUCCUUCACAGUGACAGGUCCCUCUUUGUCGGUCUCAAAGACAAGGUCCUGAAGAUCCCUCUCGAGAGGUGUUCCUCCUACAAAACCGAGACACUUUGCUUGGAGGCCAGGGACCCCUACUGCGGCUGGGACUUCAGGCAACGCAAAUGCACCACGCUGGAGGAAAGCUCCAACAUGAGCCAGUGGAAACAGAACAUCACCGUUUGUCCGCUGCGGAACCAGACCACCGACGGUGGCUUUGGACCCUGGACUCCGUGGCACACUUGCAACAAUGACGAUCCAUUGGAUGGCGUGAGCUCUUGUUUGUGUCGCUCCAGAUUAUGUGACAGCCCCGCCCCUCGGUGUGGAGGCAAAAACUGUGAAGGACCCUCUAUUGAGGUCUCAAACUGCUCAAGGAACGGAGGCUGGACACCCUGGUCGUCGUGGGGACAGUGCAGCACAACCUGCGGUACUGGCUUCGAGAUGCGCCAGCGCUCGUGUAACAACCCCUCACCUCGACACGGUGGAAGAGUGUGCGUGGGGCCCACCAGGGAUGAACGGUUCUGCAAUGAGGGUGUGUCGUGUCCUCAGCCUAUUUUUUGGACCCCAUGGGGCUCUUGGACUAAGUGCAGCACAGAGUGUGGUGGAGGUGUCCAUUCUAGGGUCAGGUCCUGUGAGAAUGGCAACACUUGUCCAGGAUGUGCACUGGAGUAUAAGGCCUGUAACCUGGAGGCCUGUCCAGAGGUGAAGAGGAACACUCCCUGGACGCCCUGGAUGCCCGUCAAUGUGACCCAAGGCGGCGCUCGCCAGGAGCAAAGGAUGCGCUACAUGUGCCGGGCCCACCUGGCUGAUCCACACGAGCUGCAGAUCGGACGGAGGAAGGUGGAGACGCGCUUCUGUCCAAACGACGGAACGGUGGUCUGCGAGACAGAUAGCCUUGUCGAAGAGCUGCUGAAAACGCCAGUGCUGAGAAUGGCCGCGACGAGCUGGUCAUCGUGGGAGACCUGGUCCAGCUGCUCUCAGAGUUGUGCCAAAGGCUACCGCACCCGUCGGCGAACCUGUUCCGGACCAGAGGGGAAGAGCGCCCCCGUGGCAUGCCGUGGCUCCCCCGUAGAAUACCAGGACUGCAAUGUGCAGGCGUGUCCCGUGAAAGGUGCAUGGUCCUGCUGGUCUCCCUGGUCUCAGUGUUCAGUGGGCUGCGGCGGUGGUCACUACCAACGGACUCGCUCCUGUAACAGCCCGACGCCCGCCAACGGAGGAGACAUUUGCAUCGGCCUGCACACCGAGGAGGCCCUGUGUAACACGCACACAUGUGACGGUGGAUGGAUGGCCUGGUCACUGUGGUCGACCUGUGACGACUCGGGCUUCCAGACCAGGAGUCGGGUAUGUGGCGCUCAGGGCAGCAGCCCCUGUUUGGGGAACAGCACUCAGCGAAGAGACUGCAAUGAAAUACCCGUCAUUCUGCCGGCAUCUGGUUUUGAUAAGGACCAACAAUGUGGAGCCUUCACCUCCAUCCACCUAAUUGCCACUGGCGUUUCCUGUUUCCUCGGGGCGGGGCUGCUGUCCUUCCUCAUCUACGUUUACUGCCAGCGAUUCCACAAGCCCUCGCAAGAGUCGGCCGUCAUUCACCCGACAACCCCGAACCACCUCAACUACAAAGGCAACACCACACCAAAGAACGAGAAGUACACGCCCAUGGAGUUUAAGACACUGAACAAGAACAACCUGCUGCCAGACGAAAGAUCCAACUUCUACCCGACGCCCCUGCAGCAGACCAACGUCUACACAACCACCUACUAUCCCACGCCGCUUGGCAAGUUUGACUACCAACCCAACGCCUCCCCCUCACCGUGCAGAACCUACAACAACAGUAACAACAGCUGAGACCCAGCCCACAGCUGACUCUCCUCUCCCCCCCCAAC